GAUGAGCUGGAAAACGUUUUAUGAAUGAAGAAUUGCUCAGCUGUUGUCUACAACCUUUUUGUCUUAAACAGCCAUUUGUUGGUGUUUCAAUCAAAACAAGGCAUUCCAAUCACAUUAAAAUACUAAGAACUGUAUUUGUACAAAGGCUGUAGCCCUAUCUUUCAAGUGGAUUACUUCGUUUAAUAUGGAGAUUAACGGAUGAAAGAAUUAUUUCUUCUCUGAAAACUUUUCUUCUUCCAAAUUUAAAGUUUGUUUUUUCUUUUUAAUAUUAAAAAAAAAAAGAAACAAAACAAAAGCAACGACUCAAAAGUUUCAAUUCCAACCAAAGCGAAGAGGAUUUAAAAUGAUUUUGUGUCAAACUAAUUCUGGAAAGUAUUGGAUGCAUUCAAGGACUCAUUAAAACGUUUUCAAGUUGGAAGGUAAAGUGUGCAGCUUUUGUUAUGUUUGUUUUCCCACGGGUAAUUUUCAGGAUAACAUUUGGAAUGUGACACGUGACUACAAUGUCAGGCUUUGACUUCACCUCAAUGGACUUCAGAAACAGUCCACAUGUAACAGAACCAGACAUGACCGUUCUCAAAGACCUGACAUCAGGCACUGUUCCGGUCGUAGGCCUUGACACCACAAUACUAGGCCAGUACUUUGAGAACCUGACGGUAGACUCCUUAAUUCACAAGCAUCACAUGGUGAUAGCCCCAGGACUACACAAAAAUCUCAGCGGCGUCACCACGUUCGUCUACGAUCUCACGGACACUACCGAGCCUUUCAACUCUUCGUUCGGCGAGGCCCCUAAGUUCACCACCGCCAGCCUUACGAAAGCUGUAGUGUUCGGGGUCAUGUUUCUCAUCUCCUUUGUGGGCAACGUGGCCACCCUGGUGCAGAUGAGGCGUCUCCGGAGGCGGAAAAGCACGAUCAACACGCUCAUUGUCAAUCUUGCCUUGGCGGACCUUCUUGUCUCCUUCUUUUGUAUUGCCGGGGACUCUGUGUGGGCGGCUACUGUUCAGUGGCUAGCCGGAAAUAUUGUGUGCAAAUUGUUCAAAUAUAUGCAAGUAUUUGCAUUAUAUUUGUCUACGUACAUCACAGUAGCCAUCAGUCUGGACAGGUGUGUGGCUGUACUGGACCCCAUGAGACGAAACGAAGCCGCACAUCGUGUCAGGCUCAUGAUUUCGUUCGCUUGGAUUUUCAGUGCCUUGUUUAGUAUUCCUCAGAUUGUUGUGUUCAGUGCAAUAAAGGGACCAUUCAAAGAGGACUUCUAUCAAUGUGUUACGUUUGGUGCCUAUGACAGCCCCUGGCAGUCACAGAUGUACGCCAUCGCUUCACUCAUGCUUAUGUUUGUUUUGCCUUUAGCUGUCAUUGGGACGGCCUAUGGUCUUAUAUUUACGACAAUCUCUAGGAAGUCUCGAGAACAUUCAGUGCUAGACGGCAUCCAAUUACCAUCUGGGAAGUCUUGGGUGACGCGUUGGGUGAAUUAUAAAUAUUACUUCUGUAUGGCCAUGUGCAGCAGUCCAUUGUCAGGAAAAUCAGCAUCAAUCAUGACGUCAUGCUCCAGUGAUCCGUCACGGGCGCCAGUCCGGAGUCACCUUCUGCGCAAGGCAAAGAGGAAAUCUUUGAGGAUGUCCUUCGUAAUCGUCCUGGCGUCCAUCGUCUGCUGGACUCCUUACUACAUCAUCUUCAUCUUCACCACUUUCCUCAAUACUGUCAUAGAUCCCCAGAUCUUCAACUGCUUCGCCAUUUUCGGAUUGUCCAACUCCCUGCUUAAUCCAAUCAUUUACGGAGCUUUUCAACUCUGCAAGGUGCAAUAUUAUAACUCCAGUUCUUGGAAAAGAAACGCCUGGCAAGGGACGUGGCCAAAGCAGCAGAGCUCCAACCAAAGUCCCAGUCCGCGUUCAGAUGUUCAGGACGACACACCUGCUAGUUGCUCUGUGUCUAAGGACUCCAGAAAUAGACUCCUGGUCAACGCAUGCCUGUGUGACGCCUGCCAUUUCGAAGUGAAAGAGCAAAAAGUUUACUUCCCUUUGUUUGAUCAGAAGCGAGGCUCUGCUGAAUCAAGUCGUUGCUGGAAUUUUUCUCACAAACAUUUGACCAAUGGCGAAGUCAAGAACUGUUCAUGUUUUCACUCGUACUAAUGUGUAUAUAAUUGUAAAAGAAAAAAAUAAAGUAUCAUUUGUUUUAAAGCUUUUCUAUUUGGUGAUAGGAAAGUCAUGCUCUUGUUACCAUACUUAUACCUCAAAAGGACUUUGACGCGUACAAAGCAAUAGAUCCACAAUUAUGAUUUUGUCCAUGUAUGUUCCUUUUUAUUUUAUCUUUUGACACAUUCAACUAUCUUUCAAUGAAAGCACUGGGUGUAGGCAAUGUGAAAGCACUGGGUGUAGGCAAUGUGAAAGCACUGGGUGUAGGCAAUGUGAAAGCACUGGGUGUAGGCAAUGUGAAAGCACUGGGUGUAGGCAAUGUGAAAGCACUGGGUGUAGGCAAUGUGAAAGCACUGGGUGUAGGCAAUGUGAAAGCACUGGGUGUAGGCAAUGUGAAAGCACUGGGUGUAGGCAAUGUCAUUCACAGACACAGACAUUUGGAAAAACUUUGAAUAUUAGAAACCAGAUGGUCUAAAUAAUCAUGCCCAAAGCAACAAUGUUGAGGCCUUGUGUUCUUUCUCUUUUAAUCUCAUUAAUGACAUGAGUAACACUUUAACAAGAUGAAACACUUUAUUAAGAUGAAACAUUUUAGCAAGAUAAAACACUUUACCAGGAUGAAACAUUUUAGCAAGAUGAAACACUUUACCAAGAUGAAACAUUUUAGCAAGAUAAAACACUUUACCAAGAUGAAACAUUUUAGCAAGAUGAAACACUUUAUCAAGAUGAAACAUUUUAGCAAGAUGAAACACUUUACCAAACUGUGGCAUUUUACGUCUCGAGAAAUGAUCUUUUCCCUUUGCAACUUCUUUUGUGACUAAAGAGGCCAAUCCUUGAUACACAGCUGCGGUCACGGGUUGGGCAUAUAUACUCACCAGGCGCCGUUGGACCAUGAAACACUUUACCACGAUGAACCACUUUACCAAGAUCAAACACUUUACCAAGAUCAAACACUUUACCAAGAUCAAACACUUUACCAAGAUCAAACACUUCAGGAAGAUCAAACACUUUACCAAGAUCAAACACUUUACCAAGAUCAAACACUUUACCAAGAUCAAACACUUCAGGAAGAUCAAACACUUUACCAAGAUCAAACACUUUACCAAGAUCAAACACUUUACCAAGAUCAAACACUUCAGGAAGAUCAAACACUUUACCAAGAUCAAACACUUUACCAAGAUCAAACACUUUACCAAGAUCAAACACUUCAGGAAGAUGAAACACUUUACCAAGACAAAACUUUUAGAAUCACAAUCUAUAACGUAUUGAUUUUUCUUUUUUUUAUAUAUCUUCUCCAUUCUAUUUUGUUUUUCUAACCAAAGUGUCUUCAAAGUUUGGGAUCCUCUCGAUAGAGUUUACUCCUAGUUUAUGUUAUGAUAUCGUUGUUCACAAAGUAUGUGGCUUUCUCAUUUUAUGGCUAUCUUUAAAACCGAAGAGAUGAUCAGAUGGAAAGUAUUCUGUCACUAUUUAACAGUGUUAGAAUGGAUAAAAUAAUCAUUACAAAAAUUAUUACUUUAUUAUUAUUACUUUAUUAAAUU